AUGGGGGUGCAGACAGUAGAAAAAACAAAACCAAAACAUAGGAAGGGUUUAUGGUCACCUGAAGAAGAUCAUAAACUCAGAAACUACAUCCUUAAACAUGGUCAUGGCUGUUGGAGUUCUGUCCCUAUUAAGUCAGGAUUGCAAAGGAAUGGAAAAAGCUGCAGAUUAAGGUGGAUUAAUUAUCUAAGGCCAGGAUUAAAGAGAGGAAAGUUUAGCAAACAAGAGGAGGAGACAAUCCUGACCCUUCAUCACAUGUUAGGCAACAAGUGGUCACAAAUAGCACAACAUUUAGCAGGAAGGACAGACAAUGAGAUAAAAAACUAUUGGCAUUCAUAUUUGAAAAAAAGAGUAGCCAAAGCUAAUGAAAUGGAGUCUCAAAAACAAUUUCAAUAUGCUAGCUCAAGCUCAGACACAAUGAACUCUUCACACACUCUUCAAAAACUUGCAACUCAAGGUCCACACAAUUACAACAACAUUAUCACCAAAGAGACUCAACAAAGCUCAUUACCAAAGCUUUUAUUUGCCGAAUGGCUUUCUCUUGAUCAUGUAAAUGGUAGCAACUCUUCAAAUUCAGUUGAGUCUUUGGUCAUGAGGAAUGGAUUUGAUCAAAAUUCAGUUUUUCAAGAAGCUGCGAUGCAUCAUGAUGUGUUGGAGUAUCAUAAUAGUGUGAUGUUCAAUUCACAAGUUAAGUUUGCAAACCAAAUGAUUGGAAAUGGGUUUGUUCAUUGCAUGCCUGAGGUUGAUUUGAGUAACAAUUUCAAUUUAAGCAAUGAUGCAAUGUAUGUUUAA